GAGGGAGGGAUGUGUAAGGAAGUUAGUGUGAAAAGGGAAUUCUGUUGAAAGGCGUGGAUCUGAGCCAAUAGGAGAGGAGGGUGAGUGGAUGGGCGGGCCGUGUGUGACGGAGAGGAGGGAUUUGGGGGUCAUUCAGGGCCUCACGGGCUCACUCUGUCGGCGUGCGGUUUGGGGGACGGGCUGUGGCGCUCACCUGCGGUAGCGCAGCCAGCUUCUGGGGAGGAGGCAAAACUACACUAAAUACAUUACAAUCACCCCACUGUUGCCACCCAUGAAAAGCUGAAGAGCACAAACGGACAGCGUUGCUUGCGUCGCCUUGAGCCAGCAGUGUCGGACCCCGAGCUCAUCAGGAGCGCAGGCGGAUUGCAUGAGUUUCUCGUCCCCGGAGUGUGACUGCAUCCGACCAGCACUUCGACAGCGUAUUUAGCAGCGCCCAGAUCCGGCGUCACCCAGAACACUCUCUCCCCCCCAACCCCCCCUCCCCUCACUUAUCCCGUCCCUCUCUCCGUCUAAACCCCGGGACACUGGAAAUCCACAAGCGGCCGGGAAGCGGCGGCGGCGGCGGUGGCAGGCCGGGGCAGCGAGGGGGUCUUCCGGAGUCACAGGGAGCCGGCGAGCGGGAGGAGCACCGGGGGUUCCGUGAGGCGGCGAGGAUGGACGGCCUGGCUGUGGAGGUCCGUGGCUCCAACGGGGCCUUUUACAAGGGGUUCAUUAAGGAUGUACACGAAGAUUCUCUAACAAUAGUCUUUGAGAACAACUGGCAGCCCGAGAGACAGCUGCCUUUCAGCGACGUGAGACUGCCUCCCCCUGCCGACUACCACAAGGACAUCACGGAGGGAGAGGAAGUGGAGGUUUACUCCAGAGCCAAUGAGCACGAGCCCUGCGGCUGGUGGCUGGCCCGGGUUCGAAUGAUGAAGGGAGAGUUCUACGUGAUCGAAUACGCCGCCUGUGACGCCACCUACAACGAGAUCGUGACGCUGGAGCGCAUCCGGCCGGUCAACCCCAACAGCCCCGCCAGCCAGAGCACCUUCCACAAGACCCAGAUCGCCGUGCCCGAGGACCUGCGAGAGACUGAAAAGCAAACACUUCUCCCGUCUUUCUCCUCUUCAGGCAAAGUCAUAGGCAAAAAUGGGAAAGUGAUCCAGGAGAUUGUGGACAAGUCCGGUGUGGUGCGGGUUCGAAUCGAAGGAGAUAAUGACAAGAAACUGCCCCGAGAGGAGGGUAUGGUCCCAUUUGUGUUUGUGGGCACGAAGGAGAACAUCAGCAAUGCCCAAGCCCUGCUGGAGUACCACCUGGCUUACCUACAGGUGAGGAAGACUAUGGGCCCGUCCCCUGCUGUUUCAGGCACCAACUCGGAGCUGUCCAACGCCUCGGAGUCGGAGGAGGUGAGCGAGAGGGAGCAGCGCCCCCGCGCGGCGGCGGACGAGAGGCCCCGCCGCGGAGGCAGGGGCCGAGGGGGACCCCUGCCCUCCAGCCGGGGCAGAGGGGGCCCCGGGGGUCGCCCGGCCAGCAGCACCAUCAGCUCAGUGCUACGGGACCCCGACAGCAACCCCUUCUCCCUGCUGGACCGAGCGGGCGAGCUUGAUCAGGCCGGCGACACGGACGCCAGCGAGAGCCAGGCCAGCGGGGACAGGAGGCGGCGUUCCCGGCGCCGGCGCACCGACCAGGAGCCCAGCGUGAUGGACGGGGCGGCCGAGUCCGAUGGCCCAUCAGUGAGCGAGAACGGACUGGAAGACGACAGCAAACCCCAGCGCAGGAACCGCAGCCGGCGCCGCCGGAACCGCGGCAACCGCCCGGAGGGGGGCUCCGCCAGCCGGGACCGGCAGCACGUGACGGUGGCGGACUACAUUUCCCGCGCAGAGUCGCAGAGCAGACAGAAUCCGCCUCAGAAAGACAACGUGGACCCCACACCUGCUUCCUCUGAGCCCAAGGAAAACGGGAACGCCAGAGCAGAUCACAAGCCGGCAAAACGUUCCCCCAGCGGCGACGACGUUGCCCCAACAAGCGAGCCCCCGGCUUUGGUCAACGGGGUCUCCUAAAAACAGCAACCAGAAGAAAAAAAUUAAGUUUAAAAAAAUAGUCUCCAUGGCAACACAACGUCCCUGCUUGCAUUUACGUGAAACGGAUGAGCAAAGGAAACCCGAAUUUCUACAAAAGAGAAAAAAAAACGCAUCUACUUAACACGAACCACGUGCCGUGUGUAUCUCUUUAUCUAUCAGUACUAGUGCUUAUUUAACUAGCUUGCCAAAAAGAGCUGAUGGAUAUGGCUUGUUUUUCAGAAACAAACCUGUAACAGGACGUGACACUUGAGUUUGUUAGUUUCUUUUCUUUUUACCGGACUAGACUCUCAGCCGCGCUCCCUGAAAAGCCUGUUCUGUCCGGUGUGACAUGGAGAGGAGGGCAGGGAGGACAGGUUUACAGGAGAGAGAUGGGGAAGGGGCGAAGGCUACCUUAACUGACAGGCGUCUUUACCUUGUUGGGAGUUGAGAAAAAAAACACUGACAAUAAUGAAUAUAUAAUGAAAAGAGACAUUGUGCCUUGAAUUUGCAAACCUUUUUUUUUCCUUUCUUUUCAAGGGAAGGUGGAGGGUAUUUUUUUUUCUGGUGGUGACGAAGUACAAAAAGAAAUAGGAGAAGGCGGGGGGGAAGGGAGACGGAGAGAGGUGCAUAGAGAGAGAAGAGGCAGAUGGAACGUGGUGAAAAUUGGCUAAAAAUAAAAAAAAAUGUUUUGUGCCAAAAUUUACCGGGCACUUGUUCUCAGGAAGGAGUCGAUGAGCUGUGCGUGUCUGGCUGUUUGCGUGUGUGUGUGUGUGUUUGGCAUGUCUGCGUUCGGCAGAGAGGAGUGUGGUUAACUGGAUAGACAGAGGAGGAUCUAGAUUUGAACUGUUUAGACUCAAAGACCGCUUGACCAUUUUUUUUCUUCUUGUUUCUGUUCUGAAAUGAAACCGAAAAGGAUUGUGGGCCGAAAAAAGCAUUCAGACCCUAAAUACUGGUGCAUAAUUCUGAAGUACUUGAAGGUCUAGUCAAACAGUGUCUCCCCAGGUAGCCUCCUUUAACCUGGGGCCUGCAGUACAGUGAAGGAGCUUGUGAACCGAAUCACUACACCGUUGCCUUGGAAACCACUGCAGCUGAAAAAGGCCACCUGCAAUUUUGGCCAAAAGUGCUCGGGGGUGGGUUAAUAGGAGGCAACGUAGAAGCUGGCCAGGUGUUGAUUUGACUGCAAAAGAGGACUGCAUUGGUGGUUAUGCUGUUUGUAGGCUUUGAAUGUGCUCUCUAUUUAGGAUUCUGAAAACUUAUUUUAACCCCUUUUUAAAAGUGUGACCCAAAGCCUGCUGUGGAGUACAAAACACUGUCUGCAAACCAAGUUAUAUGGGUCCCAGGAGUCUUGCUGCCAAGACAACAAAAAAAGAGCCCAUAACCUUAUCAAAAGUGCUGCACAAAUUCUGUAUUUAGAAUGAAAGUGAUCUGAUUUAGAGAAAUCACUUUUUUCAUCUUUUUUCUAGUGUCUUGGAAAUGGACACCAAAGAAAUCUUGAGUCUUUCCUGACUUAAAACAGUCAUGUCAGGUGAAGAUGUUAGGCUGCUAAUCCUCAUUUAUAAUACAAUAAAUCCUGGCUUCUAAAACAAAACCUGCAGAGCUGCAGAAUGUCAGAUUCUCUUAGUUUUUGCAAGAUUAUUUUUUUUAUUCCAAAUCACAAUCGGGGGAUUUGUCCCUGGAACUUAAAAACCGCCAAGGAACCAUACCAAACCAAAAAAAAAUGAACUGGAAGAAGACAGCAGAGACUGUAGUGCUGGUCACUCCAGAAUUGCUUCUUAGCAGCGAUCUGGGUUUUGUUGAAGGGUGAAGUUGGCCAGUCUUCAGGUCAUAAUUAUGAAAUGACACUUCCUGCGAAGGACAUACACGUUAUCCUGAACAGCUGAGCCCAGGUAUUUCACUUUGUUCCAGCUGCUUGAUAUGAAACAUUCUGAAUGGGAGUUAUUGGAUGGGUUUCAGAUAUACCCCUGAGAUUAGGAUAGAACUACAAUAGAACCAAAAUUGUAUUCUAGAAUAACUAUUUUUGAAGGAUGAGAAUAGCAAUUGUUCAUCUGAGUAUAACUUGCCAAGCCCUUCCUUUAUUACCUAUCCCCAGUUAAUAAACACUGUUUCUGGUGCUCAGCCCUGAACUCUUUGGCAUUCAUCCCAAAAGCUGCGCACACUCGUUUCUAGCUGUCUAAGAAUCCACAUAAUAUAGGGUGUAUGCUGGCAUUAGUAAAACAUCACCUAAUGGAAAGGGAUCAGCUGUUAAAGGAAAUUGCAGUUUCGUCUAAAAGGUCAUAUUUGCCGCAGGCGAGCUGUUGAAAACAAACGUUUUGCGUUUCGAGGUGGAGGGUGAAAGUAUUUCAAGUGCUUGAAUUGGUACAUUGUGUUGCUUCCAAAAAGCAGCGCUGCGAAUUGGUUUUUGUCAGGAAACAACUCCCAGCGAAAGGACUGAAGGGGUUAAAGUAAGUUUCUAUGAGUUGGUUAUCAGUCAAAUGCUGCCUGUUACCAGAUAGGGAAGGAAGGUGUUAGUUACCGAAAACAAAUUAGAGGUUGGGGAAGGGGGUGGGAGGGAGAGGUCUGUAGUAUUGUUUUGAUCCAAAUGACUAUUUAUUCACUGUACAGUAUUUAAAGAGGAAGCCUUACUACUGAUUAGCUCAUUAUGGUUUACUACAGUGAAGGAAUUUCAGAUGGCUGGAGUGAGCACCAGGCAUUCAGGCUUUGACAUAUAAGAUGCAGCUCUUGGCACAGAAACCGUCAUCCAUCCCAGAAUUCCUUUGCUUUUGCGAUCUUGAGCUUCCAAAUGGAACACAGCCUUGCUUUUUCCAUCAGCCGUGUUAAACCAGAGCUAAAUUCAUCGUCUUUGGGCUUACCUCUAAUGUAUUAGUGUAGCGCCAUGAAUCACAUACCCUAAUUUGUUUGAAACAGGAAAAAGUUGGUCCCUUUUGAUUUGUUUUUUUUGCUCCUCUUCCUUCACAACCACAGGUUUUGAUUCUCAACAACACCCUGUUAUUAAAACCAAAUCCGUCGGAGACAAUGGCUUAGAAAUUAAUGUAACCUCUCCCAGACUUUGUCACUUAGUUUUGUGACUCAAAUAUGGAAGAAGACUCUAAAAGAAACAUACGAUGUAUCUGAAUGUCUUAGAUUGUUGUGGUUUCCUAGAAAGAUGUCUUUUGAUCUCCUUCAGUGAAGGAAAUGUAAGAUACUGUAAUCGGAGGAAAUAACACAGCAGUACCUUCUGAUUCAAUUGAUGCCUGCGGGUACAGUUUGCAGUGUUUUAAGUGAAGAACAGUGAAUUUUUUAAACGGAGUCAUUCUGAAUUUCUUUUGUAGCGUCUAAAUUGUUUUAGGUAAAGAAGGGACCAACUUUUGGGGCAUAUUUGUAGAUUUCACUUUUUUCCACUUUUUAUGCAGAAAUAGCCUAUUUCAAAAAGCAAAAUACGUGAUUUGAAACCCGUGCCUGUUUGCAGAGAAUUGGUCAUGAUGAAACGGGCCUUGUCAACUAUGGAAUGGAUCCCUCUGUGGGGCAGACAAUUCUUUUCUUGCAUUUCUGGAACAGGGCUAGAUUGGCAAGUUCGUAUUUGUAUUAAAGAAAAAUCAAAACCCCUUUUUCUUGAAGGCUUACCUCCUGAUAAAGAUGGACAUCAGGACCGUGUGCCAGUCUGCAGAGCUUUAGGAGUUUGGUUGCAUGUCCCUCUCCCGAACACUAGGCAGUUAUUAGACUCCAACCUGAUUUGAACGUGGAAGGCUCCCUCUUUUCCACUCAAGAUGGCCAAUUAUCUCAGUACUUGGGUCAGUGUGGCCUGGAUGUGGCGUGCUCACUCUCUGUGCAUCGAGCUCAUGUGUUGUACAGUGUCUAAUAACUGGUGUUCUUCAAAUGUCAAUGGCAAUAACAUGACACUCAAUGCAAACUCAAUAAAAAGGCUGUUUCUCGACCUUG